AUGCCCCACGACCAGCUUCUGACCCCUAACCCAGAUAUUGAAAACACCAAGUACAACCAACGUCUGAGUGAUCUCCAUAAGGACAUGAAUCAGGCAAACAAGAGCUUCUGUCAAGCAAGCGGGCAACUGAGCGAGACGAAUGAGGAACUUAAUGAUCUUGACAGAAAACUAGAUGCUCUAGAAGACAAGUUCAAGGAGCACGACAAAGAGAUGGAACUUCUCAAGCAAGCCUUGGCUAAAUACGAAGAGCAGAUGCUUAGGGCGAAGGAUGCUCUGAUUGAAAAGGAAAUGGACGAUGCGACCAGAUUUGCCGGUGAUGAUGCUGAUAUCGAUGCGUGGUGUAUGUUGAUGGAGAGAGAGCUAAUACAGACACGUAUAUUAUCAUAUAGGUUAGCCAGGGCAGGCUUAGAUCUCUAG